UUAAAAAACAAUACCUGAUUAUUGGGAUUGGCUUUCAACAAAGAAUAUUUUUUUUUAGUCUUUUUGCCAAUUUUUGUCAUUAUUGUGCCCCCAGGUUCGUUGAAAAGGUAGAUAACAAUAUUACGUUUACAAGGAGGAAAGGUAAUUACGACCUCUACUUGCUUUUUAAAAGUUGAUAAAGCUUUACUGCUGCGGUAUUUAAGUUUAAUUUUACCCUCUCAUUACGACCAGCAGUGCUCGCCAGGAAGAAGCCACAACUCGUGAUUUUAAAUACUCGCUCUGAAUAUACAUUAUAUUCCGAUGUUGUUAACAAAAAACAUGGCUGUGGAGCUUGUAAAAAGGAGACUUUUGUGGAUUCAUAUAGUCGGAGUAUUUUCCUUUUUACUUUACGCUCACUUGUAUUACCUCAUAUUUGAAACACUGACAACAAACCGCGGUUCAAGUAAUAAAGAACUGACUCCAUGUCCUGAUGGCCCGAUUGUUACUGCGGUGGAUUCUGGCCGUUUUGGCAACAAAUUUUGGCAAUACGCUACCGCUUGGACCAUGGCGAGGAUCUUGAACAGGACAGCUUUUGUUCCCAGAAUUGUGUUGCACAAUUUAACUCGAAUCUUCGCAAAUCUCACUAUCCCGGCGCUCGAAGACAUCGAGCACUGCAAUAUAUCUUUGGAAAAACCCAUUAACAAAACCGUAAUACGCGAUAAAAUGAAUGAAGGAUUACAAUUUGAGGGAGAAAAUCUAAACAUUGACCAUAAAUAUAUUCUAUUUGAAGCCAUAUUGCCAUUUAGGCAAAUUUUAAGGAGUGUGUUCAGGUUCAGAGAAGACCUCUUAGAUCUGGUGCGCCAAACAAUCGAGGAGGUCGGAGGAAAGGGCCAGACCUUAGUUGGGGUCCACGUCCGAAGAACUGAUUUUGUAACUUUUCUCCCAAAAAGCUAUAAAACUCAGCUUGUGAAUGCAACAUUUUUCAAGAAUGCAAUGCAGUGGUAUCGGGAUCAAUUUCCAGGACCACUCAUGUUUCUGGUUGUGAGCGAUGACAUUCCCUGGUGCAGGAAAAAUCUGCUGGACGAAGACGAUGUGAAAAUCGCGUCAAAAUCACCCGAACACGAUUUGGCCCUUCUCAGCGUGUGCAACCACACGAUUUUGGACUACGGCACCUUCGGACACACGGCCGCCUUCCUUUCCAAAGGGCACACGGUCGCUCUGUACGUGAACGACAAAUAUUUCACUUCGGUGAUGGCACGAGAAGCAAACUGGACACUUUUGAGUAAAGGAGACUAUAAAGAGAUGAAGCGCAAAAAACCACCUCACAAGUUUCAACCCCUGCAGUGGGCGCAAAACCUUGCGCCACCAACGAUUAAACCAAACUUGUUUGUGAAUGGGUGA